AGGUUAUUUGAAUACACGAUUGCACAUAACCAUCAAACGACGAAGACCGAGCCAGCGACACAUCUUAUAAUUUGGGUGUUAAAAUGAACAGUGUGAAGACUUGAACUUUGCUGAAAAACACACAGGGACUCUUUUUUGUCAUUCCAGAUGGCCCGAUCUUCUUUGGUAUGUGUGAUUUUUGGUACGUGAAACCAUGAAGGAAUAACACUCCGACCAGCUGACUGUGCUGCUGCGCGGCUUCAAGAGCCCUACGGAUCUUUGUAUGCAAAUGCAUUGUAUUCACACACACUUUGCGGGCGAACAGCUGAUUUCUGCCAAUCCGUACGGUGCUGUGUCUCUUCCCGUCCAGCUCGGCUAGCUGGGCAGUGUCAGCUCUCCUGGGCCUGGUUUGGACGGUUCCCGGACUUGCAUGAGCAUUUCUCAUCGCGGCACCGAUUAUGAGGUUUUCUGAGCAUUUGGGUGCCCACAUCACGCCAGAAUGGCGCAAACAGUACAUUAGAUAUGAGGAACUGAAGAAUCUACUGUAUGAGGCCCAGGAGUCAGCCCCAGACCCCGAGGUGUCUGGGGAAGCCAUAGUGGAGAGGCAUUAUGCCAAAUUCGAGGAGACGUUUCUGAAACUCUGCGAGAAAGAGCUGACCAAAAUCAACACAUUCUUCAGUGAGAAGGAAGCGGAAGCCAUGCGGCGCUUUGCGCAGCUCUCGGAUGAGCUCCGGCAGGUGGACUCGCAGACGGUGGCCAACAGCGCCACGCUGCGCCGUCGCCGCAGCAGCAUCUUUCUCCUGGACAACAGCGAGGUCAAGGUGGCCAAGUCGGACCGGCGGAAGGUCAGCGACCUCAAGCUGGCCUUUAGCGAGUUCUACCUCAGCCUGGUCCUGCUGCAAAAUUACCAGAAACUGAACUUCACAGGGUUCCGGAAGAUUCUGAAGAAAUAUGACAAGAUGAUGAAGAGCGUGAAAGGGGCUGAGUUUCGGAUCUCAAAGGUGGAGUCAGCGCCAUUCUACACCAGCAAACACAUUGACAAUCUGAUCCUUGAAACAGAGACGUCCUACAUCAACGACUUAGAGGAAGGCAACAGACAGAAAGCUAUGAACAAGUUACGGGUACCUCCUCUAGGGGCAAAGGGAACCAACUGGACCACAUUUCGCAUGGGCUUGUUUUCAGGAAUCUUCCUUGUCCUGCUGCUGCUCAUCAUAUUAGCAGGUGUCCUCAUCCCAGUCAACGAAGACUGUUGGCCGGCCGUAAGGAUGUACCGAGGAAUGUUCCUCAUCAUCCUUCACAUCUUCCUCCUGGGUCUCAACACCUACGGCUGGAGGAAAGCCGGCGUCAACCACGUACUUAUCUUUGAGCUGGACCCUAGGAAUAAUUUGUCGCACGAGGAUUUUAUAGAGAUGUCAAUGUUUUUUGCGGACCUGUGGGCCAUCAGCAUUUUAGCUUUCAUCUAUUUGAGUUUACUGCCCAGUGUUCCGAGCUACAUCAGUCCGCUCAUCCUAGCUUGCGUGAUGGUGGUGUUCUUGCUGAACCCUACCAAGACGCUGAACUACAGGGCUCGGUUUUGGCUCCUGAGAAUUCUGGCGCACAUAUUAAUCGCACCAUUUCAUGCCGUCGGCUUUGCAGAUUUCUGGCUGGCCGAUCAGCUGAACAGUUUAACAACAGUUUUGUUAGACCUAGAAUUCCUCCUAUGUUUUUACAUCUGUGAAGUAGACUGGGUACAGACUCAAUGUUAUUUUAACUGCAAUACCUAUUCGUAUUUGGCAAAAGCCCUGGUAGCAUGUCUUCCAGCCUGGUUCCGGUUCGCCCAGUGUCUUAGGAGGUACCGGGACAGCAGGCAAGCUUUCCCCCAUCUUGUCAACGCGGGGAAGUACUCCACAACAUUCUUUGUAGUUUUAUUCGGGUCCCUCGUUUCAACUACAAAAGAGAAAUAUCCGUCUUUUUACCAGAAUCCCUUGUUCUACAUAUGGAUGCUGAGCCUCUUCGUCAGUUCCUGCUACACGCUGACCUGGGACCUGAAGAUGGACUGGGGCCUGCUGGAGAAAUCCGUGGAGAACAAACUGCUGCGUAAAGAGAUCGUCUACUGGGACAAGUAUUACUACUUUGCCAUGAUGGAGGACUUCAUUCUACGGUUUAUAUGGACCGUCAGUAUCUCCUUAGCGCUUCUGGAUGUGGUGCAUGCCGAAUUGCUACGAAGCAUCUUAGCACCCUUAGAAGUAUUCAGGAGAUUUGUGUGGAACUUCUUCCGUCUGGAGAACGAGCACCUGAACAACUGUGGUCAGUUCCGUGCCGUGAGGGACAUCUCCAUCAAACCGGACAAGGAGAAAGAGGAGGAGAACCCCAAGCGGAUGGAGGACAUGAUGGAUGACGAGGGUCAGGUGCCACUCCACAAACACAAAGAGAGCAGAGGGGAAGUCAGGUUUGACGAAACGCAACUGCUACUGAGAAACACUUCGUCUGAGGAGACACAUUGCAAAAGAAAUAGCAGUCUUAUGAGAGGUGACUUGAGCAAUGGCCCACAGGUGUGCAACUCGGUCACCAGGAUACGGUUCCAGAUUGGAGAUGACGAAGGCAGGAUUAAUGAGAUUGAUGUGUGAAAGGGUGUGGCCCCUAUUGGGCACAGCCUUGAAUGGGCGUUGCCUUGAGUGGGCUUGGCUGGAUGACUGAGGUCCGUCAAGCACCUGCCCUGGAGGGGAGACGGCCUGUGAUGGGUGUUGCCUGUAAUGGGUGUGGCGUGGCAGUAGAUGGUGCCAGAAAUGGGUGGUGCCUGGAAUGGGCAUGGCCCCAAAUAGGGAACGGUCAGUAGAGGAAGUUCAUCGCAUGCCUAUGCAUGAUGAGAACUGAACUGCAAAGAACUCAAGAUUGCCGAUGGAACUGACAAAAUGUAACAACAGCUUAAGAGCACAAACAUGCUGCAGGUGCAUCUGGGGGUGUGGCCACCGGCAUACUGAACGGAUAGAGGUAUGCAUCUAGUUUGCAUACGUGAAAAAAAGCAGCUAACCCGAGUCGUAUAGAGGAAUCCGACGAGACACCGUUCUGAGGGGCGCAUUUACACUCACACAGCUAUCUCAAUCUGAGCACGCGUAAACUUUGGCAAUUGACUACUACCUAUUGGUCAAGGAGGAAUUUCACUCGUGUGCACUGCCUGCGUGCAGACAGGAUGGCCCGUAGUAAUGGCUUCUAAUUUUGGUCGUCGGAUUUGUCUCUACUGUCAAAGGAAAAAUGUCAAAUAUUCCAGUUUUGCUGAAAACUCACCUGUUCCUGUGUCUUUUUAAAAGCAGACAUGUGAACAAGUUUAAAGUUAGAGUUUAAAUUAUUUAAAACACCUGUUCCUUUUUUUUUUUGAGUGGGUAACAGUGAAUUCGUAACCACAGUUUUGGCGGCAUCUUUUUUGCUAGCAUUUCAUGGGAUGGCAUUUCCCAUGAGUCCAAAAAAUUAAUGCUCAUUUAUUUAAAACACCUGUUUCUUUUUUUUUGAGUGGGUAACAGUGAAUUCGUAACCACAGUUUUGGCGGCAUCUUUUUGCAAGCAUUUCAUGGGACGGCAUUUCCCAUGAGUCCAAAAAAUUAAUGCUCAUUUAUUCCUGGAUCUAUGCAAACAGAAUCAACAAAACUUUGGUUAAACGAAUAACUUUGGUGCUCAUUUACCAAGUGCAAUUUUAAGACUACUUGAUGUGUGUGCCAAAAAUGACUAUCUCCACUUGUGUAAUAACCACAUGCUGCCGGGUGAGUUGAAAAAUGCACUGCACACAUACGGGCGAAUUUCAAGAUUUUCAGUUUUCA